AAUUGUACAAAAAUCUUCAAAAUCAUGAAUCUGAUUGCUUUAAAAAAGUAACUUUAAAACUUAUUCAUGGCUGCAAUUCUUUAAAUAUAGACAGUAUUGAAAAUAUGGAAUAUGCUCUUAUGUUAACAUUAUGUGAACUAUCCUUAGCCCAUAUUCCUAUACCAGUUGAAUGUCAAAAUAUAGAAGAGAACACGAGAAAAAAACAAAAUAAAAUUAGAUAUUGUGUUCAAAAACUAUCAACUUUACCACAAACAUGGACAUCUUAUAGCGGCUAUUUUCGUGAUGUUGUGGUUAUAUGUUUCGCUAUUCGAUAUCCCAUGGAAAAGGAGAUCCUUGAAAGGCUUCAUACAAACAUUACUUUAAAUCAAGCAAAAAAUUUUGAUCUUUUACAAAAGCAACAGGAUUACUUGAUGCAUUGGAGAGAAGAAGAACUCAGUACACUUCAUCAUUUAAAACAUUCUCAGCAUGAACUCCUGGUACAAAUGGAUGCCGUACGUGAUACUCAUCUUAAGACUGUCAACCAAAUCCAAUCUAUCUUUGAUGCACUUGUCCUUUUACAAAAUCAAACAGAGGUCAUGAUGCAACGUUAUAAUCAAAUGGUAGAAUAUCAUAUUCAAGAGGUCACAACCCAAUUCAAUCAACUCUCUUUACGACAAGAGGUAGAAGUGGACCAUUUCUUGAGUUCUAUUAUGAAUGGUCUAAGAAAGUUAGAUGAACAACUUGUUCGAAUGACUGCUACACAGCAAGAUGUGUUUGAGCAUUGGGAAGAAGCAAAGUCCAUUCAAGGUAAAUACAUGGAUAUAUGGCAAGAAACAGUCGAGCAAAUCAACACUAGUUUAAAUCAAAUCUUGGAUCAGACCCUGAAUCAUGCAAAGGACUUGCAAGAAGAUUUAUCGAUUAUACAAGAUAAGAUUUUAUUUGUUACUUUCCCCUUUAAAUGGCUAACGGAAUUUUCAACAGAUCUAAUCUCAGUUAUUGAACGAUUUGUUUUAGACGUUUUGAUCUAUACUAUGCUAUUCAAUUAUGUCUAUCAUAACUCGUUAUUCAAUAAUCGUGCUUAUCAUCCUUUAAUGACCAAGUUUGGAGUAUCUCUAGUAUCAGUAUUAUCACAGUUUUAUCUUUUACAAUAUUUCAAAGGAUUAAAUCCUGAUAUAUUCAAUACGAUUUAUUUUAGAUUGAUUAUCAUUAUUUUAGAGUGGAUUCUAAAGAAUUAUUCCAGACAAGUAUGGAGAAAACUUGAUAGGCAACACUUUUCUCUAUUAACCUCAAAAAAUAAACGCUCCAUCAUAAAUCACGAUAAAACAGGUUUAGUAGAUGAAGCAGUGACAGCUGUUGUACCUCAUAUAAAACCAUCAAGGUUCCUAAAUGGUAAUAAUUCGUCAGAAAAAAUGAUGAUCAAUAGAAAGAAACAAUCUAUAGUAUAUUACUUUCAAAGAUAUCAUUAUAAUCCACAUAAUGAACAUAAUAAAGCUGAAACAUUUAGUAAUCAAGAAGAAGAAGAAGAAGAGGAAGAAGAAGAAGAUAUUAUUAUAAAUAAUCAUGGUGUGCCAGAAAAUAAACCAGAUAAAGUUACCUAUAAAAAGGACUAUCCAAGCUACCAUUUCCAUCGCUAUUAUGAUAAAUAAAAGCUAGCUUUGGCUCACACAUAAAAGCCGCAAUAUUUAAAUUCCAAACUUUUAUUGGACAAUGCAUUUUUUUUUAUUGUUAUUAAAU